AAAAAAACGUCGAUCUGGACUUGAUUUAAUCGAAAUGCCACUUUGAUGCCAUGAAUCCUGUGACUCGUGCUGGUCCUUGGUGUUUGCACCACGGCUGGCGGCGCUGCCUGCUGUUGGGCGAAGAGGGUCCAGCACUGCAGCAACUUCUCCAGUCGUUGCGCGAAGCGAACCUCUCGGUCCAGCUGCUGCAGCCUCCCUUGCAGCGAAGCUUUGGCCCCAAGUUGGUGGAUGAGGUGGCUGAUGAAGCGCUUGAUGCAGAGGUGGUGCUGGCCGUGGGCCGCGGUGCCAUGCUGGACUUCGCCAAGGCGGUCGCGUGCAUGGUCCCGCUGCGGGGCGCCUCCCCCGGCCGCACGGGCCGCGCGGGCCUGCUGCGAACGGAGCAGUUCUUGCUACAGACAGGUGGCGAGAUGAGCCGAGAGGCCGCGACCUUGCUGCCAGGUGCUUCUCUGCCUCUGCUCCUGGCUCCCAGCCACGCGACCGUGGCAGCGACCAGCGGCCGCUGCUUGCUGCGUGACGCGCCGGGCAAAGCACUGGUGCCGCUGGCGCUGGCGGGGCCAGGGCCCUUUGGCGUGGGGGUGGGUAUUCAAGCCACUCAGGUGCUCGCAGAUGUCUCCCUCACGCGGCACCAAUCGGCACGAGGGCGAACGGCCGCGGUGGCCCAUGCCAUGAGCAUUUUCGUGGACGGUGCGGCAGCGGCAGGGGGUACCAUCAAGGAGAAGCAGCUCGUGGAUGACAUGAUGGUGGGCCUUGGCUCCAGCUUCUCGGCCUUGCGACAGCCGAUGGACGCCGAGGUGGACGUGCUCGAGGCCGUGCUACGUGCGGGCGUCAGCGCGGCAGAUGCCGAUGCCAACGCACGAGGGGAACUGUGUGUGGUGCAUGCGCUCGCCUCCGUGUUGGCCGGUACUCGCGAUGUGCCCUUCCCCUUGGCCUGUCGUGUUCUACUUCCAUUAGUCCUACGUGCUUGGGCCGAGCAUUCCGAGCUUUGCGAGCCUCAAGUGACCUCCCUCAGCGCCAUCGCCUCAGCUCUCCUGGGCACCCCGCAGCUCUCAGCUGCGACGGCCGCGACGGCCCUGCUGCGCCUGGCGGACUGGAUCGACGGCGCUUGCUCCGCCGGCGGCCUGGCACCGCAGCUGCCCACAGACGCGGAGGAGUGCGCCGCCUCCGCGGCCGCGCUGCUGGCGAUGCACACGGAGGAGGCGCCGGUGGCGCAGCAGCGGCCGAGGCCCAGCUGGGUGGAGCCGGAGGCCUUGACGAAGAUCUUCCGGAACGCGCUGGAAGAAAAGGGUGGGGCGUUGAGUGGGGGAGAUGGAUGGCGGCUGGCGUGAUUGGAGGGGAAGAUGGAAGCUGACUUUGACAAAAGAUGGACGAGGGAUGAUUGCCCAUGUGGAAGGUUUGGAAUGUUUCUUGCAACUUGUGUGUCUAUCCGCAGGCUGUUGCCUCAACCAUUCGACGACAAAAAGGAUGAAAAAGGUCACAUUUCGUUC